AUGAGAAACAAAGCCACCCUUUUGUUAAUGCUUAUUGUUUGUCAUGGCUUGUCCAUGACAAUGGGAAUGUGUGAGGCAGAAGAUAAAGAAAAUGAUCAUCCAUUGCCAAGAAAAUUGUUCUUGAUGAAAAAUUACAAGCGUAUGGUGAAUACUGAUGCAGGGGAAAUGAGAGUGUUGGAGAGUUAUGGUAAAAUUCAUGAAAGAAGAUUGCACAUUGGUAUCAUUGAUAUGGAACCAAACUCACUUUUUGUUCCUCAAUAUCUUGAUUCCACUCUCAUCAUAUUCGUCCGUUCAGGUGAAGCAAAGGUGGGAUUCAUAUAUGAGGGUGACUUGGCAGAGAAGGAAUUGAAGAAGGGGGAUGUGUAUCUAAUACCAGCAGGUUCUGCCUUCUAUUUGUUGAAUACUGGGGAGGAUGAAAAGCUUGAAAUUAUUUGCAGCAUUGAUCCCUCAGAGAGUUUAGGAAUAGGUGCUUACCAGUCUUUCUAUAUUGGAGGGGGAGCCAAUCCAGUGUCAGUACUUUCCGGAUUCCAGCCUCAAAUCCUUGAAAGCGCUUUUAACGUAUCAGCAGCAGAUUUGACGAAAUUCUUCACGAGGCAACAUGAGGGUCCAAUUGUGUACGUAGGUGAGUCACAUGUCAAAGCCUCAAGUUUAUGGACCAAAUUCCUUCAACUAAAAGAGGAUGAUAAACUGCAUCACAUGAAGAAAAUGAUGCUAGAUCACGACGAAGACGAAGAUGAAGAUGAUAAUGAUGAAGUAGAGCAAAAAACAAGUUGGUCUUGGAGGAAGCUAUUGGAAUCUGUAUUUGGGUUUGAGAUAAAAAAUAAUAAAAAGGUCGAGGUUGCUCGUAAAUCCCCUCACUCUUGCAACCUGUAUGAUAGAAAACCAGAUUUCAAAAACAGUCAUGGUUGGACCGUUUCUAUUGACGGUUCCGAUUAUGCACCACUCAAAAGUUCCGGCAUUGCCAUUUAUCACGUCAAUCUCAAACCGGGAACGAUGAUGACACCGCAUGUAAAUCCAAGCGCAACGGAGUAUGGCAUAGUGGUCAGAGGUGUAGGUAGACUUCAAGUAGCAUUUCCAAAUGGAACCCUUGCAAUGGACACACAUAUAAAAGAAGGAGAUGUUUUCUUCAUACCAAGAUACUUUGCAUUCAGUCAAAUAGCAGCAAAUGUAAGUGAUGAACCACUAGACUUUUUUGGGUUCACUACUUCUGCAAAGAAGAAUAAGCCACAAUUUUUGGUUGGUGCAAAUUCACUUAUGAAAAGCAUGAUGGGACCUGAACUUGCUGCUGCUUUUGGAGUGAGUGAGGAUAUAAUGAAAAGCAUCCUUAAUGCACAACAUGAGUCUGUUAUACUACCUUCAUCUGUAAGCCACUAGAAGAACAGAAUUGGAUUUGGAAAUUAUUCCUAAAAAUAUUGUGACAAUCAUGACAUGAUUAUGAAGAUGUUAGAAC